ACUCACGCAAGCAUGGCGCUAACGGAGAUGUUUUGAGUUCGUUGCAUGUACAAUACAUCAUUAUAUGGAUAUGUAUUAUGAUUUUAUUCGUUAUCGCACUGUAAGAAAGCUCACAGACUUCGCCAUUCAUCAGGACUGACUUCAUCAGCAGCUUGUAAAAUCGUAACUUGUAAAGAUCGCUGCCUAAGUAGGGAUCAUGGCAGACAAACUGGUAACAAGAAAGAAGAAGCCAAAGUUUGCUAAAAAUAAGAAGAAGAACUGGAGAAAGGCUAACAUACACGAGAUUGAAGAGCACUUGGAGGGACAAAGGUUGGAAGAGAGAACAGGUGGUUUAGCAUCAGCCAAAGCAGAUGAAGCUCUUUUCGUUGUGGACAAAGCACUACCGUGUAUAGAUCCCCCAGAAAAAAUCCUAGUAAAAAACAAAGGCAUAAAAAAUUUAAAACUUCGGUGCUUUCAAAAUCUUGAACCUGAUAGCAGGAUUAAACCCGCACAAGUAAAGAGAAGUAGCAGAAAGAACAGUUUAAAGAGGAAAUCGCUGCCUGUUAAAAAACAAAUAGAAGCGAAUUACAUAAAACCAACAAAAAAGAAGGCAAUACAGCAGAGCGUCGAAGCAAGGCUCAUGAGAAGUCAGAAAAGGGAGGAGUCUUCUAAACUUCCAUAUGCGCGUGUUGACCUAUGGGACAGUAAUGUAGGACUUGAAUCCGACGACGUCGACGAUUAUUUCAUGCGCGUGACAAAACGUAAGCUACCGAAGCGACCAGAUCGCAUGAACAAAAAGCCGCUCGACGUGCCGGCGGUUGAAGUGCCACCAGGCGGAGCCUCCUACAACCCCUCCGUCGACGAUCACCAAGAGCUGCUACAGCGGGCGCUCGUCGUCGAGGUUGCUAAGAGGAAAAAGGACGCGCGCAUCGAGAGAGUGACGACGGGAAUGUUCCCCACAGUCGACCAGGCUCCGACGGAAGCCACCUGGUUGCAGGAGAUGUCCGAGGGGCUCUUCGACCAGGAGGGAACCCAGCCAGCGCGAGAAGAAGCCAACGACGCGGAGGGCGUCUUUGCGAACCCGCGAACGUCGAGGAACGACCGCAAGCAGCGCAGCCAGCGUCGCAGGGAGCUGCAGCGCAAGCGCCAGUUAGCGGCGAAGGCAAGCGAGAAGCUGGAGCGGACACGCGGCGGCGCCAUCUAUCGGCUGAAGAGCAUCCGGAAGGAUCUGGAGAGCGAGGCGGCAGCAAUCGAGGAGCGGCGGCGGCAGAAGGCGGAGCGGCGCGAGCUCGAGCGUGGCAAGCCGACGCGCAUCGGGCGUCUGCGCUACGAGGAGCCGGAUCUCGCGCUGAAGCUGAGCGAGGAGCUGACCGGCUCGCUGCGGGAGCUGAAACCCGAGGGACACCUCCUGGAGGAGCACUUUCGCAGCCUGCGGCGACGCUGCAUCAUUGAGCCGCGUGAGCGCCACAAGCAGGUGAAGAAGUACAAGCGCAAGACUUACGAGAACAAGACGCACAGGGAGUUGGUGUGAGGAGGCGGGAACGCGGCGAUGUUGGCUAAAUGUUUCGUGAAUUGAAUUGAAUUAUGUUUGAGGAUAAAUUUUGGAGUUGCCUGAAAACAUUUUUAUGAGCUAGUGCUUAACAUAUAUGAGUAAUGUCACAUGAAGUAUGUUUUGAAGUGUAUGAAUGAAGGGGGAAAAGCGUGCAAAUCUGUGUUUCGUAAAACGUUUUCCCGAGGUCAUAAUAAUUAUAUUUGGAUUUAUGGUGUUAGAAAUCAGUUUCUAUUAGACACGUGUGUUGGAUAGUUAAUAUGUGCCAUUUCAAAUACUAAUGGGGAUAGAUAUUUGACCAAUUUGUUCUCAAUGCUGCAUUCUGUUUUGUAGUAUCUAGUAUGGCAUGCUAGAUUCAUAACAUAGAAAUAAAUUCAUUUCUAAAAUA